UUUUAUGAGAUCUUAAUAUUGUGUACAAAUUUAUAAAAUUAGCUUCUGUAUGUAGAUACAGAUGUUUUUGUCUGUAACACCUAUACAGUAUAUAGUAAUAUAUUGUACGUAUAUCUCUUAUUCAGCUUUCUCGUUUGGGUAGUUUUGGGAAUUCUCCAAAAUUUGGAUUUUUAAAUUUUAUGUUGAGAAUGAACUGAAAUUUAGACUUUUCUGAACAAGCGAAAAUUCAGAAUUCGUAUUUUCUUCUGGUUUGGUAUUGUGGGCUGUUUUGUGAGGAAACAUAUACCUUAAUAUUAUUUUGUUUUAAUGUCUGAAUUUAUUUCAGUUAAACAUAUUGGAGAGUUAAAAUGGGAAGGAAGAGAUGUACUGGUGCAGGAGUUAUUAAGUCACACACUACGGGAUAUAUUGCUGUUACAUGAAGAUAGUGCAUGCUCCCCAUGGUUUGUCAUUACUUUGACAAUGCAUCUGCUUAGGGGCCUGAAGCACCUACAUGAUAAUGGCAUUGUUCAUGCAGACCUCAAGCCACCUAACAUCAUGUGGGAUGCUAACACAUCUACUUUCAAACUUGUGGACUUUGGCGUAAGCUUUGCUACUUCAGAAAAGUUUGUUCAUGCUGUGCAGAGCAAAGGUUAUCAGGCUCCAGAAUGUGUACAGUGGAAUGGCAGAGUGACAGAAGCAGGAAGAAGUACAUUACCUUUAGAGAGACCAGGACUGCCUGCAGAUAUUUGGAGUGUAGGCUGUAUCAUCACUGAGGUAGGAACAGUAAAGAUAAAAGGUUUCAGAAUGUAUAGUAAUAUUAAUAGAUAG